UAUUAGACAGGAUAACUUUUGUCAAAGUGAUUUUUCCAAAUAAUUUUCUGAAAACAAUUGAUCAAAAUUAACAAAAAUAUGAAGAUAUUUAGUGGUAUUUUUUUGAAUAGUGCAUUUUUUUUUACAUUAAAAUCAUCUAAAAUGAACAAACAAAUUAUUCCAUCGAAUAUGAAUAGUCGUUAUAACUUUCCUCAGUUUCUGAUAGAGCCUAAAGAUGGCAAAUCAAUUUUGAAUCGAUAUAUGAAGUUGUACUCGUCUGCCAUCUCGUGGCGCUACAUAGAAAAUAUUUAUCGUACCGAUAUAACAUGGCGUUCACGUUGUGGGCACUUUUCGAGGUAACCGUGUUAUGUUUGAAUGCGGUCUGUAUUUUGAACGAAGAGAGAUUUCUUGCGAAAGUUGGCUGGGCAUCAUGGCAAAAUGUUCAAGGUUUUGGAGAAACUGCUACAGCUAAAUCACAAAUUUUAAAUCUUAUUAAAUCGAUACGAACGGUAGCACGAGUUCCAUUGAUAUUUUUAAAUAUCAUAACAAUAAUUGUGAAACUGGUGCUUGGUUGAAAGAAACAAUUGAUGGUGUAAAUAAGAGGACAAUGCACAGUGAAAAGUCAAAGCGUGAUGUACAUAAAUGAACAAUUAAAUUCUUUUAUUUUUA